CCGGGGGCCUCGGUGCAAGAUGGCGGCGACGGGGUCCGUGGGGCGCGGGCGGCGGCGACCGGGGCGCUAGUGAGGGGCCCGGGGGCCCGGGUGGCUCCGGGCCGGGGCCCCAGCGCGGGACGGACCAUGCUACGCUCCACUGGCUUCUUCCGGGCCAUCGACUGCCCCUAUUGGGCUGGGGCGCCUGGGGGGCCCUGCCGGCGGCCGUACUGCCACUUCCGGCACCGCGGGGCCCGGGUCCCAGGCGCGCCCGGCGGCGGCGGAGCGGCGUCCCCGGCAGCAGGGCUGUGUUAUGACCCCUACAACCCCGAGCUGCCCAAGCCCCCCGAACAAAGGGAGAAUGGCACCCUGGGCUGCAGGGACGAGCCGCGCUCAGACGUGCUGGAGCUGGAGCGGGUCAACCAGGCCAUUGAGGCUGUGCGGAGCGAAGUGGAACUGCUGGAGACAGCCCGGGAGUACAGCUCUGGCGAGGCGCCCACCCUCGUGCCCCGCGGCCCCGCUGCCAGCCCCGCCGAGGGCCUGGACGAGGAUGCCUUCCCGCUGGCCUUCGACUACAAUCCCAGCGUCUGCGGCCUGUUAAACUCCGACACCGGCUACCAGCCCACCCCGCUGGCCGCUCCCGCUGAGCCUGGCAGCAAAUACUCACUGGCGUCCCUGGAGAGGGGCCCGGGCCGAGGCAGUGGGGGCGGUGGCGCCCUGGAGUACGUGCCCAAGGCCGUGAGCCAGCCCCGACGGCACAGCCGCCCCGUCCCCAGUGGCAAGUACGUGGUGGACAACUCCAAGCCAUCCACCGACCUGGAGUACGACCCGCUCUCCAACUACUCGGCCCGGCACCUCAGCAGGGCCAGCUCCAGGGACGAGAGGGCCACCAAGCGGCCCAGGGGGUCCCGUGGCAGCGAGCCCUACACACCCGCCCUCAAGAAGCCCUGUGACCCCUUUGGCGGCUGUGACGCCAGGUUCUCCGACUCGGAAGAUGAUGCCACCGUGGCUCCGGGUGAUGGGCCUGCCACGGCUAGCCCCCCCAAAACUGAUGCUGGCCCCGAGAGCAAGGCCCCCGGGCAGCUGUCCUGCAAGGAGGGCCUGGAGGCCGAGGUGGGUGGCCUGCGGGAGACCAAGGAGACGGCCGUGCAGUGUGACGUGGGGGACCUUGGGCCACCCCCGAAGAGCCCAGGUGGGGUGCCUGUAGCCAAGCCCACCUCCCCAGCCAGGGCUUCACAGGAUCAGGGCUGCCCCCAGGAAGGAAAACCCAAGAGGAAGAAGAGUGGAACCCCAGCAGCCCUGGGCCACAAGGAUGGUGCCCGGAAGAAAGACAAGACCAAGGACAAAGGCCGAGGGCGGCCUGGGGAGAAGGGCCCCGUGGACAGGAAGGGCUCGCAGGCCAGCAGCCCCCGGCACGAGGCAGGACGGCCAGAAGGGACCAAGAAAAAGCCAUCUUCAGCCACCCCGGUGGCCAGCUCAGGGAAAGGGAAACCCGACAGGCCAGGGCGGCGGCCGAGCCCCUCCAGUGGGGACCCCCGGCCUCAGGACUCCCGGCCGGCAGCCAGCAGAGCUGCCCCGGGUUCCCACCAGCUGCCGCACAGGAAGGGCAGCGGGAAAGCCCCGUCGGGGAAGCUGGUGGAGCGCAAGGCCCGCUCGUUGGAUGAGGGUGCCUCCCAGGAUACCCCCAAGCUGAAGAAGCGGGCCCUGAGCCACGCUGACCUCUUUGGGGACGAGAGUGAGGACGAGGUUGUCAGGCCAGGGGCACCGAGGGUCUGGGCCCCCGCCCUGCCCAGCCUCAGCUCAGACUCGGACUCGGACUCUAGCCUGGGCUUCUCGGAGGCACAGGGGCUGCCCAAGCGGCUCAAGGCCUCCCUGCCUGCCUCCCCCGCCCGGUCCUCCUCCUCCUCCUCCUCCUCCUCCUCCUCAGGCACUGGGGAGGGUGUGGAGGAGGAGGUAGACUACGCGGCCCUAGAGCAGGAGGUGGACUUCGACUCAGACCCCAUGGAGGAGUGCCUUCGGAUCUUCAACGAGUCCACCAGCGUCAAGACCGAGGACAAGGGCCGGCUGGCCCGGCAGCCCCCCAAGGAAGAAAGCAGCGAGGAGAAGGCGCACUUGGGUCUGACCACCCUGUUCCCCGGGCAGAAGAGGCGGAUCUCUCAUCUCUCCAGGCAAGGCAAGGAGGCAGAGCCUCCGAGGAGAGGUACAGCGGUGCCCCCCGCCCGGCCCCCGACUGCCCAGGAGGUGUGCUACCUGCGGGCUCAGCAGGCGCAAAGGGAGUCAGCCAGCUGGCUGCAGGCCGCCCCCAAGCUGGUGGAGAAGCCCUCCUCGGUCCACAUCUCCGCACCUGGCGAGAAGAAGAGGAUCGCCCACGUCCCCAACCCCCGUCUGGCCACAGCCCCCACAGGCGCCAAGAGGACCCUCGCGGCCAGCAGCAGCCAGCCUUCCCACGGCCCAGAGCCCGGCAGCCAGCCGCUGAAGACGCGCACACUCUCCGGGAUGGCAUCCAAGACCACCACCACCGUCACCCCCAAGCGGGUGGCUCACAGCCCAUCUUUACAGAGUUUAAAGAAACCCAUUAUCCCAAAAGAAUUUGGGGGCAAAGUCCCCACCGUCAUCCGCCAACGCUAUCUCAACCUGUUCAUCGAGGAGUGUCUGAAGUUCUGUGCCUCCAACCAGGAGGCCGUGGAGAAGGCGCUGAACGAGGAGAAGGUGGCCUACGACCGCAGCCCCAGCAAGAACAUCUACCUGAACGUGGCUGUGAACACCCUUAAGAAGCUGCGAGGCCUGGUCCCUAGUGCUGUGCCUGGGCUCAACAAAACCAGCGGCCGGAGGGUCGUGUCCCACGAGGUGGUGUUGGGGGGCAAGUUGGCUGCCAAGACCAGCUUCUCGCUCAGCCGUUCCAGCAGCCCCAGGGUGGAGGACCUGAAAGGGGCCGCCCUGUAUCAUCGCCUGAAGGAAUACCUGCUCUCCGAUGACCAGCUCAAGGAGAAUGGCUACCCCUUCCCGCACCCCGAGCGGCCGGGGGGUGCUGUCAUCUUCACGGCCGAGGAGAAGAAACCCAAGGACUCCUCCUGCAGAAUCUGCUGCCGCUGUGGCGCCGAGUACCUCGUGUCCUCCUCUGGCCGCUGUGUCCGCGAUGAGGAGUGUUAUUAUCACUGGGGGAGGCUCCGCCGGAACCGAGUGGCAGGAGGCUGGGAGACCCAGUACACAUGCUGCUCGGCUGCCACUGGCGCUGUUGGCUGUCAGGUCGCAAAGCAACAUGUGCAGGACGGCCGGAAGGAAAGCCUCGAGGGUUUCGUGAAGACCUUUGAGAAGGAACUCUCAGAAGACGCUCACCCAGGCAUCUUCGCCCUGGACUGUGAGAUGUCUUACACAACGUAUGGCCUGGAGCUGACCCGCGUGACGGUGGUCAACACAGAGAUGCAGGUGGUUUACGACACCUUCGUCAAGCCUGACAACGAGAUCGUCGACUAUAACACUAGGUUUUCGGGGGUGACAGAGGCUGACCUUGCGGACACAAGCAUCACGCUGCGCGAUGUCCAGGCCGUCCUGCUGAGCAUGUUCAGCGCAGACACCAUCCUCAUCGGACAUAGUCUGGAGAGCGACCUGCUGGCCUUGAAGGUCAUCCACAGCACCGUGGUGGACACAUCCGUGCUCUUCCCCCACCGCCUGGGCCUCCCGUACAAGCGUUCCCUGCGGAACCUCAUGGCCGACUACCUCAGACAGAUCAUCCAGGACAACGUGGAUGGGCACAGCUCCAGUGAGGAUGCCGGCGCCUGCAUGCACCUGGUGAUCUGGAAGGUCCGAGAAGACGCCAAGACCAAGCGAUGACUCCCGCCCGCCCGCCACCUGCCCGCCUCUCCUGCUGCCCCGGCCCAUCCUUAGCCCCAGGCCUCUUCCAAAACAGUGCAAUAAAUCUCGAGAGCUAACCCUCGCCAGACAGUGCAAACUGAGAGAUAGGACUAGCUGGCGGCACGAGAGAACAACCAACCCUGGAGGCCUGACCCUGCCAUGGUCCCUCUCACCUGUCCCUCCUCCCCGUCCCCAGACCUCUGCCCCUCUGAGACUGCUGCUCACCCAACUGGCCCCGCCCGUGCCCGCCAGCCCCUCCCAGCACCCCCAGCCAGGUCCCAAUCCCAUCCUCCUUACAUGGCAUGGUGGGGGUGGGCGGGCAGGGUGUUGUCUUGGUUUGUUUGAGACAGGCAAUGUUUUUUUUUUUAUUUUUUA